ACGGGAGCGCUGGGACCUCAGGAGCACCGCGGUGGUCUCGGAGGCCAGAGGAUACAGGGGGACGUGCGAGGGGUCCCAGCAGGCGGUUCCCGUCGCCGCAUUUGCGAUUCGAACCUGAGGCCGAACCCGGAGCCCUCCACCGGGGAGGAGCGCGGAGAGGGCGGGAUUUCCGCCGGGAGGGAUCCGGCCGCUCAGGGGGUGGGGCUUCCCCGACAGGGCUGCGUUUCCCGCGUGCGGGGCCGGGUGCCGUGGGUCCCUGCAGGCGGCCUCCGCGCCCUCCCCCGGACGGCCAAGGAUGACCACGCUCACGCGCCAAGACCUCAACUUUGGCCAAGUGGUGGCCGACGUGCUCUCCGAGUUCCUGGAAGUGGCCGUGCACCUGAUCCUCUAUGUGCGCGAGGUCUACCCGGUGGGCAUCUUCCAGAAGCGCAAGAAGUACAACGUGCCGGUUCAGAUGUCCUGUCACCCGGAGCUGAACCAGUAUAUCCAGGACACACUUCACUGCGUCAAACCACUCCUGGAGAAGAAUGAUGUGGAGAAGGUGGUGGUGGUGAUUCUGGAUAAGGAACACCGCCCAGUGGAGAAGUUUGUCUUUGAGAUCACUCAGCCACCCUUGCUGUCCAUCAGUUCAGACUCCCUCCUGUCUCACGUGGAGCAGCUGCUGCGAGCCUUCAUCCUGAAGAUCAGUGUAUGUGACGCUGUCCUGGACCACAACCCGCCAGGCUGCACGUUUACAGUCCUUGUGCACACAAGAGAAGCUGCCACUCGAAACAUGGAGAAGAUACAGGUCAUCAAGGACUUCCCAUGGAUCCUGGCAGACGAACAGGAUGUGCACAUGCAUGACCCCCGGCUGAUUCCCCUAAAAACCAUGACGUCAGACAUUUUAAAGAUGCAGCUCUAUGUGGAAGAGCGAGCUCAUAAAAACAGCUGAGGGAGCGCCUACCCCAUGAUGUCCAGCUGUUCCACUCUGGGGCCCCUGCCCAGGGAGGUGCUGCAGGGCCCCGACUCCAAGUGCUCUUACUGCCUUGACAUGUGGCCGCCCCUCUGGUCGGGCUCCUCAGCCCUGCUUGCCUUCAUGAGGCAGCCUUCCCAGGAGGCUUGGGAAGGAUGCCAGGACAGAUGUCACUUCUCAGCAGCCUCCUGGGGCUCAGCUGGCUAACACUGUCCAUCUGAAAUCCCGUGUCUUGAGUUAUUGUUAAUAAAGGGCCCCCAAGGGCUGACUGAAUUGUCA